AUACAAUUUAAAGCAGGCCAUUUAAUUUGCAAAAGACCGGGACAUGUAAUGUAAUGUUAAUGGCGGCAGAACAGAGCAGUUAUAUUUUACGCUCCUAGUUUUAUUCUCAAUUUUUUUCCCGUUUAUUUUCCCUUCCUUCCUUACAACAAACCGUCCGCUUCUCUUGGUGUAUAGUGUAAUCGAUCAACCAAUGGUUUCGCCUCUUAACGAAAACCCUGAUUACAUCCGAUUUCAAAAUCAAUUGUCUGAGAUGCCUCUCAUUGGACAUCGAUCACUCUCAAUUUGCACAGCUCUAACACCAUAAUCAGGUUCGCUUCCUGUUUUGAGCUGGAGACGAACCGCAUUGAGAUUCAUCGUCAUGUUUGAAGCUCAGGUUCUGCAUUUGCUUCGAAGAUACUUGGGAGAGUAUGUUAAUGAUCUCUCAUCAGAGACAUUAAGGAUCAGUGUUUGGCAAGGUGACGUUGUCCUCAAAGAUUUAAAAUUGAAGGCAGAGGCCCUGAACUCUUUAAAUCUUCCUGUUGCUGUCAAAGCUGGUUUUGUGGGCACUAUAACUCUGAAGGUUCCAUGGAAAAGCUUGGGUAAUGAACCUGUAAUUGUUCUCAUUGAUCGUGUAUUUGUUCUUGCUCACCCAACUCCUGAUGGCCGGAAUCUUAAAGAGGAGGACAGGGAAAAACUUUUUGUAGCUAAAAUUCAGCAAAUUGAGGAGGCAGAAGCAGCAACUCUUGAAGCGAUAUCUGGGUCAAAGCUGGAAAGUCCACCUCCUGGAAAUUCGUGGCUUGGUUCUCUAAUUGCUACAAUUAUUGGAAAUCUGAAGAUAACUAUCAGCAAUGUACAUAUCAGAUAUGAGGAUUGCUUCAGUAAUCCUGGUCAUCCAUUUUCUUUCGGUGUUACCCUGGCUAAGCUUGCUGCUGUUACUAUGGAUGAGCAAGGAAAUGAGACCUUUGAUACCAGUGGUGCUCUGGAUAAGUUGCGUAAGUCUUUGCAAUUGGAGAGGCUUGCUAUGUAUCAUGAUUCAGAUAACUUGCCCUGGAAGAUAGAUAAGAAAUGGGAAGAUCUUAGUCCCAAAGAAUGGAUUGAGGUAUUUGAAGAUGGUAUAAACGAACCUGCUGCUGACAAUGAAGUGGUGUCUAUGUGGGCUAUGAAUCGCAAUUACUUGGUGUCACCAAUCAAUGGAGUACUUAAGUAUCAUCGACUUGGAAAUCAAGAAAGAAAAAACCCAGAUAUUCCUUUUGAGAAGGCUUCUCUUGUCUUAAGUGAUGUCGCCUUAACUAUCACGGAGGCACAAUAUCAUGAUUGGAUAAAACUUUUAGAAGUCUUUUCAAGAUAUAGGGCAUAUGUUGAAAUUUCCCAUUUAAGACCUGUGGUGCCAGUUUCGAAGGAGUCUUAUGUUUUGUGGUGGCGGUAUGCUGCUAUGGCGGCAUUGCAUCAAAGGAAAAUGUGCUAUCGGUUCUCGUGGGAUCAAAUUCGGCAUAUGUGCCAGCUUCGUCGACGUUACAUUCACUUGUAUGCCAGUAUGCUACAGCAGUCAUCACGUGUUGUCAACAUAGAAAUUAGGGAGGUUGAGAAAGCUCUCGAUUCAAAAGUAAUUCUUCUAUGGAGGUUACUUGCACAUGCGAAGCUUGAAUCUGUAAAGUCUAAGGAAGCAGCCGAACAGAGAAGGCUUCAUAAGAAAAGUUGGUUUACAUUGGGAUGGAGAACACAAUCUGAAGAUGCAUCUGACGGGGAUGCUUUUGAUGGAUCACAGUUAACGGAGGAAAGGUUGAGUAAAGAAGAAUGGCGAGCAAUCAAUAAAUUACUCACUUACCAGCCAAAUGAGGACUUGAUGUCACAUUCAGGGAAGGACAUGCAGAACAUGAUCCGGUUUUUCGUAACUGUAUCUAUUAAUCGAGCUGCUGCGAGGAUCAUCAAUAUAAACCAGACGGAGAUUGUUUGUGGUCGAUUUGAACAGCUCCAUGUUUCAACAAAAUUUAAACAUCGGAACACCCAUUGCGAUGUAACUUUAAGAUUCUAUGGUGUCUCUGCCCCUGAAGGUUCACUUGCUCAGAGUGUUUGCAGCGAGCAAAAGGUGAAUGCAUUGACUGCUAAUUUUGUACACUCACCGGUGGGAGAGAAUGUUGAUUGGAGGUUGUCAGCUACAAUUUCCCCCUGCCAUGUGACGGUUUUGAAGGAAAGUUUUGAUCGCUUUCUUGAGUUUGUGAAGAGGAGUAAUGCAGUUAGUCCAACUGUUACAUUGGAAACUGCUACUAAAUUGCAGACGAAAAUCGAAAAAGUGACUCGUCGAGCACAUGAACAGUUUCAAACAGUGCUUGAGGAGCAAAGCAGAUUUGCUCUGGACAUUGAUCUUGAUGCUCCAAAAGUUAGGAUUCCUCUAAGGGCACGUAGCUCUUUCAAAUGUGACAGCCAUUUUCUUUUGGAUUUUGGUCAUUUUACUUUGCAUACCAUGGAGAGUCAGUCUGAUGAACAGAGGCAGGAUAUCUAUUCUCAUUUCUACAUAUCAGGAAGGGAUAUUGCUGCCUUUUUCAGAGAUUGUGGUUCUGAUUGCCAGGACUGCAGUUUGAUGAAAGAAAAUUCUAGUGUUCAAUCAAUGGUGAUGUCUCCUAGGUUGGAGAAGGUUGACAAUUUCUAUUCUCUUAUUGAUAGGUGUGGAAUGGCAGUAAUUGUGGAUCAAAUUAAGAUUCCUCACCCUAGUUUCCCAUCAACACGUGUGUCUGUGCAAGUCCCAAAUCUUGGCAUUCACUUUUCACCUGCAAGAUACUGCAGACUUAUGGAACUGUUGAACAUAUUGUCCUUUGCUAUGGAUCCCUGUGUUCAGCCUGGUGUUGUCGAUUUCCAAGUUGGAGUGGCUCCCCGGAGUGUUUCAGAUCUCGCUACUGAUGCUAAAAUCCUAGUUUGGCGGGGUAUUGGAAACUCUGUUGCUUCAUGGCAGCCCUGUUUUAUUGUGCUGUCUGGAUAUUAUGUUUAUGUUUUGGAUUCUGAAAAAUCCCAGAAUCAUCUGCGGUACUUGAGCAUGGCUGGAAGACAGGUGCAUGAGGUUCCAUCAACAAAUAUUGGUGGGUCUCCAUUUUGUAUUGCUGUGAGCCCAAGAGGGAUGGACACUCAGAAAGCUUUGGAGUCUUCAGGUACCUGGGUUAUUGAAUUCCAAGGGGAGGAAGAGAAGGUGACUUGGUUGAGAGGACUUAUACAAGCCACAUACCAAGCUUCUGAUCCUCCAUUGGUUGAUAUACUUGGAGAAACAACUGAUGGCAUAAGUGAAUCUGAUGAUCCUCAAACAAGAAAUUCAAAAGCUGCUGAUCUAGUUAUUAAUGGGGCAGUUGUGGAGACAAAGCUAUGCAUAUAUGGGGAGACAGGCGAGGGUGUUGCUGAGAAACUAGAAGAGCAACUGAUUAUUGAGCUUCUUGCUAGUGGCGGAAAGGUUAAAAUGAUUAGUUCAGCAAGUGAGCUUGUGCUUAAGACAAAGUUGCAUUCACUGAAAAUUAAGGAUGAGCUUCAAGGUCGUCUGUUUGGCAAUCCACAUUAUUUAGCCUGCUCUGUGCUGAAAUAUGACAGUUCACUUGAAUCUAAUCAAACUUGUGAUCUGAAUGGAGAUGAGAUGUCCGGGGUGCACCAAGAUGAUGAUGAUACUUUUAAAGAUGCUCUGUCCGAAUUUGUAUCUUCAACUAACUCUGAUUCUCUUUCACAUCAUAUGGAUAUGGUGGAUGCCUACAGAUUCGAGUCUGAUGAAGUUCUAAUUGAUGAACAAGAUCUGGCACAAGGAAAGGGACUUUCUGGAGAGAUAUUUUAUGAUGCUCAAGGUGGUGACGAUUUGGAUUUUGUAUCUGUUACCUUCUCAAAGAAGGGUUCUGGAUCACCCGUUUAUGAUGGUAUAGACUCAAAGAUGAGUAUUCGCAUGUCCAAGCUGGAAUUUUUUUGUAACAGACCCACACUUGUUGCUUUGAUUGGUUUUGGCUUCGACCUAGGUUCUGUCGGUAAUAAAACAAGUGUUACUGAUGCAAAUGGAACUUCAAAGGAUAAGAUGGACAAAGGAAAGGCUGAAGAAAGUGGUUGUGUUGAAGGGUUGCUGGGAUACGAUAAAGCUCGUGUCGUAUUUUAUUUGAACAUGGAUAUUGAUAGUGUCACUGUGUUUCUUAACAAGGAGGAUGGAUCUCAACUGGCAAUAUUUGUGCAAGAAAGUUUCCUGUUAGAUCUUAAGGUCCGUCCAGCAUCCCUCUCAAUUGAAGGCACAUUGGGAAAUAUGAGACUCCGGGAUAUGACACUUGGAACAGAUAAUUGGUUAGGUUGGCUAUGUGAUAUACGGAAUCCAGGAGUUGAAUCCCUUAUAAAGUUUAAAUUUAAUUCUUUCAGUGCUGGAGAUGAUGAUUAUGAAGGGUACAAUUACCGCUUGUGUGGGCGACUUUCUGCUGUUCGAAUUGUUUUUCUUUAUAGGUUUGUUCAAGAGAUAACAGUUUACUUCAUGGAGCUUGCUACCCCACAUACAGAAGAAGUAAUAAAACUUGUUGAUAAAGUUGGCGAUUUUGAGUGGUUAAUUCAGAAAUCUGAAAUCGAUGGGGCUGCUGCUUUGAAGCUGGAUCUUACAUUUGACACUCCAAUAAUUAUAGUUCCUAGGAAUUCAACGAGCAAUGAGUUCGUUCAACUUGAUGUGGGUCUUCUAAAGGUCAGAAAUAAAAUAAGUUGGCAUGGAUUUCCUGAAAAAGAUCCUUCAGCUGUUCGUCUUGAUAUUCUUCAUGCUGAGUUUCUUGGAGUAAACAUGUUUGUGGGAAUUGAUGGUUGUAUUGGUAAACCAUUAAUUCGUGAAAGCAGAGGACUUGAUGUUUAUGUUCGACGAAGUUUGAGGGAUGUUUUUAAAAAAGUCCCAACAUUUUCUUUGGAAGUUAAGAUUGGUUUUUUGCAUGGUGUAAUGUCUAAUAAAGAAUAUGAUGUUAUUCGGGAUUGCAUAACUAUGAAUUUGAAUGAAGCCCCUAGCCUCCCUCCAAGUUUCCGUGGUAGCAAAUCUGGUUCUAAAGAUACAAUGAGGCUAUUGGUUGAUAAGGUCAACUUGAAUAGUCAGAUGCUUCUAUCUCGUAGUGUAACCAUUCUAGCAGUUGAAGUCAAUUAUGCACUUUUGGAGUUGUGUAACGGCAUACAUGAGGAAUCACCUUUAGCUCGAAUAGCUCUAGAAGGUCUCUGGGUAUCAUACCGGAUGACUUCAUUGUCAGAAACAGAUCUCUAUGUGACUAUUCCAACUUUUUCGGUUCUUGAUAUCCGUGCCAAUACGAAGCCUGAAAUGCGGCUCAUGCUUGGAUCAUCUGCUGACGUGCCCAAACAAGCUUCCACUGGAAACUUUCCUUGCUUCUUAAACAAGAGCAGCUCUAGCAGAGCGAACUCUGAAGCUGGUAUUGACUUGGAUGUACCAAUUUCUACAAUGUUCUUGACAGAUUGUAGAUGGCGAUUGUCAUCCCAAACAUAUGUGCUUCGAUUUCAGCAACCUCGAGUGCUUGUUGUACCGGACUUUCUUCUUGCUUUAGGUGAGUUUUUUGUGCCAUCUUUGGGGGCAAUAACUGGAAGGGAAGAAACAAUGAACCCCAAGAAUGAUCCAAUUAGUAAAAACAAUAGCAUCAUACUUUCUAGUAGUAUUUAUAAACAGAAUGAAGAUGUUGUGCACUUGUCACGGAGUAGACAGUUGGUUGCUGAUACCCAUGGCAUUGAUGAGUAUACAUAUGAUGGUUGUGGAAAGACUAUUGUCUUAAGUGACGAGAAUGAAGCAAAGAAGUCACACCCUGCACAAUUUUGUCCUAUUGUGAUCAUUGGGUGUGGUAAGAGGUUGCGAUUUGUCAAUGUAAAAAUUGAGAAUGGUUCUCUUUUGAGAAAGUAUACAUUCCUGAGCAAUGAUAGCAGCUACUCAGUGUCACCAGAAGAUGAUGUUGACAUAUCGUUGAUGGAUAAUUUAAGUUCCAAUGAUGAUGAGAAGCUUGAAGAGAAUAUGGAGUUAACAAACACUCCAAAGACUUCAUGUUUACAAGAUGGCCCAAAUGUUGCACCGAGUUUCACUUUUGAAGCACAGGUUGUUUCUCUGGAGUUCACAUUCUUUGAUGGUACUAAGUCCUAUCUAGAUGAUUCAUCUUAUGGUGAAAAACUUUUGCGCGCAAAAAUGGAUUUAAAUUUCAUGUAUGCAUAUAAGGAAAAUGAUACCUGGAUUCGUGCCGUGGUGAAGGAUCUGACAGUUGAGACUGGUUCUGGUCUUAUCAUUCUGGAUCCACUGGAUAUUUCAGGGGGAUAUACUUCCGUUAAAGAGAAAACCAACAUUUCUCUGAUUUCAACUGAUAUUUGUAUUCAUCUUUCAUUAGGUGCAAUUUCUCUUCUACUUAACCUUCAGUAUCAAGCUGCUGCAGCAUUACAAUUUGGAAAUGCAAUUCCCCUGGCUCCCUGCAUCAAUUUCGACAGGAUUUGGGUGUCACCUAAAGAGAAUGGGUCUCACAAUAAUCUCACCAUUUGGAGGCCACAAGCUCCAUCAAACUAUGUUAUACUGGGAGAUUGUGUUACAUCUAGCCCAAUUCCUCCUUCACAGGCAGUAUUAGCAGUAAGUAAUACAUAUGGGCGUGUGCGGAAGCCAGUGGGUUUUAAACAUAUUGGCUUCCUCUCUCAUGUCCUAGGAUUGGAAGGGGUUGAUGGCCAUUCUGGUGUUGACAGUGAUUGCUCCCUUUGGAUGCCAAUUUCACCUCCAGGGUAUAUUUCAAUGGGCUGUGUAGCAAAUGUAGGAAAUCAUCCACCGCCAAACCAUGUCGUUUAUUGUCUGCGCUCUGACCUUGUAACAUCUACAACUUAUUCAGAAUGUUUGCUGAAUGAACUACCAAAUCAGCAUUUUACUUCUGGAUUUAGUAUUUGGCGUUUGGACAAUGUUCUUGGAUCAUUUUAUGCUCAUUCUUCGAUUGGAUACCCUUCCAAAGGAAAUAGUUCUGACCUGAGUCAUCUUCUACUCUGGAGUUCAGUUUGGUCCUAUGCAUCUCUUCAGGAAUAUAUUCCUGAUACUGUGGAUAAUAAUCAUUCUAGUCAACAAACAAGCAACCAGGGAGAUAGUUCAUCUGGGUGGGACAUUCUCAGGUCAAUUUCAAAAGCUUCUAGUUGUUACAUGUCAACCCCUCACUUUGAGAGAAUAUGGUGGGACAAGGGUGGUGGCCUCCGCAGACCAGUGUCAAUUUGGCGGCCUAUUCCAUGUCCUGGUUAUGCAAUACUAGGUGAUUGCAUAACAGAAGGAUUAGAGCCACCUGCUUUGGGCAUAAUUUUAAAGUCUGAGGAUCCCGAAAUCUCUGCGAAGCCUGUGCAAUUUACUAAAGUUGCCCAUAUUACGGGGAAAGGCUUUGAUGAAGUUUUCUUCUGGUACCCAAUAGCUCCCCCUGGUUAUGCUUCUUUAGGGUGUAUAGUUUCUAGAACUGAUGAAGCCCCAUGCAUGGAUUUCUUUUGCUGCCCAAGGAUGGAUCUUGUUAGCCCAACCAACAUCAUUGAAGUGCCCAUUUCCAGAAAUUUGAGCUCAAAAGCAAGCCACUGCUGGAGCAUUUGGAAAGUUGAAAAUCAGGCUUCUACUUUUCUUGCACGUUCUGAUAUAAAAAUGCCAUCAAUGCGGUUGGCUUACACUAUUAGUGAUUCUGUGAAGCAUAAGACACGUGAAAAUGUAACUGCUGAGAUUAAACUAAGAUUCUUCUCUCUAACAGUUUUAGACAGCUUACAUGGAAUGAUGACACCGCUAUUUGAUGUGACUAUCGCCAAUAUCAAGUUGGUGACCCAUGGUCGUUUGGAGGCUAUGAAUGCAGUAUUCAUUUCAUCUAUUGCUGCUUCAACCUUUAAUAAACACUUGGAAGCAUGGGAGCCCUUGGUGGAGCCAUUUGAUGGCAUAUUCAAGUUUGAAACGUAUGAUAUCAAUGUGAAUUCAUCAUCAAUAAUUGGGAAGAGGAUGCACAUUGCUGCUACCAACAUUGUGAACAUAAAUGUCAGUGCAAUGAAUCUUGAUACUUUAAUAGAGACCAUUCUUUCAUGGAGACGACAGUUAGAGCUUGACCAGAAAGCGACAAAGCUGAUUGAGGAGUCUGGUGCUCAUUCUGGAAAUCAAGAUCUGGCCUUUUCUGCCCUGGAUGAAGAAGAUUUACAAACUGUGGUGGUAGAGAACCAACUUGGGAGUGAUCUGUACAUUAAAAGGAUUGAACAGAAUUCAGAGGUGGUUGACCAACUUCAUCAUGGUGGCUUUGCUUCAGUCUGGGUUCCACCUGCAAGGUUUUCAGACAGGCUAAAUGUUGCAGAGGAAUCUAGGCAAGCACGCUAUUAUGUUGCUGCACAGAUUCUUUUUGCCAAGGAUUUACCUAUAGUGGAUGAUGGUAAUAGCCAUAACUUCUUUUGUGCUUUGCGCCUUGUCAUUGACAGUCAAGCAACAGAUCAGCAAAAACUUUUACCGCAGAGUGCAAGGACAAAAUGUGUGAAGCCCUUAGUUUCAGACAAGGUGUACCCAAAGAAAGGCAUUGCAAAGUGGAAUGAACUUUUCAUUUUUGAAGUUCCUCGUAAGGGGGUUGCUAAAUUGGAGGUGGAGGUAACAAACCUUUCUGCAAAAGCUGGUAAAGGUGAAGUUGUUGGUGCACUUUCUUUUCCUAUUGGUCAUCGUGCCAAUAUUUUAAAAAAGCUAUCUUCAUCAAGGAUGCUGCCUCCACGGAAUGAUACUCAGAAUAUUGAAUCAUAUUCAUUGAGGAGAAAGGUUCAAUCCAAUAAUGUUGAAGAUACGUAUGGUCAUGUUAAAAUCUUUGUUUCCACAUCUUAUUUUGAGAGGAAUACAACUGCAAUUUUUCAAAAAGAUGCUGAAAGCAGGGAUGCUUCUGAUAAGGACAUAGGUUUCUGGGUUAGGCUUGGAUCAGAGGGUUCAUGGGAGAGUGUUCGUUCACUGCUUCCGUUGUCAGUAGUCCCCAAAUCAUUCCAAAGUGAAUUCAUUGCAAUGGAGGUUGUUAUGAGAAACGGAAAGAAGCAUGCCAUUUUCAGGGGUCUUGCAACUGUUGUAAAUGAUUCUGAUGUUAAUUUGGAUAUUUCAGUAUGUCACGUGUCAAUGAUUCAGGAUUCAGGAUCAAGCACUCCUAACAUAGUGGUAGAAGAGAUCUUUGAAAAUCAGCUGUAUCAUCCGAUAUCUGGUUGGGGCAAUAAGUGGCCUGGUUUUCAAGGUAGUGAUCCAGCAUGCUGGAGCACCAGAGACUUCUCGUGUUCAUCAAAGGAAUUUUUUGAACCUUCCCUGCCUAACGGGUGGGAAUGGAUAUCAACAUGGACUAUCGAUAAAUCCCAAUUUGUUGAUGAAGAUGGCUGGGCUUAUGCUGCUGACUAUCCAAAUCAAUGGCCCCCAACUUCUUCGAAGUCGCAUAUUAAAUCUGGUCAUGAUGUUGUGCGUCGAAGGCGUUGGAUCCGAACAAGACAACUAAUUGCUGAGAAAGAAAAAUGUUGCGUAAAGAAGGACUUCACUACCAUAAACCCUGGAUAUUCUACUGUUUUAUCAUGGGGAAGUACUUCUAAAGCAUCUGAUCAGUGUUUACGCAUUCGUCCUAGUGUUGAUUAUCCUCACCCCCCAUAUGCUUGGGGUCAUACCGUUGUUGUUGCUGUCGCUUCUAAUUUUGCAAGUGGGAAGGACCAGCCUUUUGUAGAUCAAUGUUAUAUUAAAAGUACUUCACCACAAGGAAGCAAAAAGCCCAAUUUUGCUCUUCUGUUAAGUCAACUUGAAAAAAAGGAUAUACUUCUUUGUUGUAGUGCUACUGUUGAAAGCAGACAAAUUUGGCUUAGUGUAGGUGCAGAUGCAUCAGCCCUUCAUACUGAGUUUAAUCAUCCUGUCUACGAUUGGAGAAUCUCUGUUAAUUCUCCGUUGAAGUUGGAAAAUCGACUGUCUUGUCCAGCUGAAUUCACAAUAUGGGAAAAAACAAAAGACCGAAAUUAUAUUGAGCGAGAGCAUGGAAUCAUAUCUUCACGUAUGAGUGCUCAUAUAUAUUCAGUGGACAUCCAAAGACCUAUAUAUCUUUCAUUUCUUGUGCAGAGUGAUUGGGUUUUGGAAAAGGACCCGGUUCUUAUUCUGGAUCUUUCUUCCGGUGCUCACAUUUCAUCUUUCUGGAUGUUCCACCAGCAAAGUAAAAGGAGAUUGCGUGUGAGUGUUGAACGUGAUAUGGGAGGAACAGGUGCUGCACCAAAGACGAUAAGGUUUUUUGUUCCAUAUUGGAUCAUUAAUGAUUCAGCUCUGCCUCUAGCUUAUCAAGUGGUAGAAAUUGAAGGUUCAGAUAAUGCAGAUAUGGAUUCACGUUCAUCUAAAGCAGUUAAAUCUACAAGAACAGUUUUGAGGACCCCUUCGUACUUGGCUGAAAGGAGACAUUCAGGUCCAAGGAGAAACAUUCAAGUACUUGAAGCUAUUGAGGACACCAGUCCAAUAGCUAGUAUGCUUUCCCCACAAGACUCUGCCGGUCGUAGUGGUGUUACACUGUUUACAUCACAAAAGGAUACAUAUGUGUCCCCACGUAUUGGCAUUGCUGUGGCUCUCCGAGAUUCUGAAAUCUACAGUCCUGGGAUUUCUCUUCUUGAGCUUGAAAAGAAGGAACGUUUUGAUGUAAAGGCAUUCAGUUCAGAUGGGUACUACUAUAAGCUUUCAGCUCUAGUUAAUAUGACCACAGACAGAACAAAGGUCAUUCAUCUUCAGCCAUACAUGUUGUUUGUUAAUAGGGUUGGUUUAAGUUUUUGUCUUCAGCAGUGUUAUUCUGAGACAGUGGAAUGGAUCCAUCCCACUGAUCCCCCAAAGCUCUUUGGUUGGCAGAGUUCUUCAAAAGCUGAGUUGUUGAAGUUGCAGGUAGAUGGAUACGGGUGGAGUAAACCUUUUAGUGUUUCUACUGAAGGUCUGAUGCGCAUUUCUUUGAAAAAUGACACUGGAAGUGAUCACUUAUUUUUAAAGAUUGAAGUUAGGAGUGGCACAAAAAGCUCACGCUAUGAAGUUAUCUUCCGUCCAAAUUCCUCAUCAAGUCCUUACAGGAUUGAAAAUCGUUCCAUUUUCUUACCAAUUCUCUUCCAGCAAGUGGAUGGUACCAGUGGUUCAUGGCACCUCCUUCUUCCCAAUACAGCUGUUUCUUUCUUAUGGGAAGAUCUUGGUCGACGGCAUUUGUUGGAAAUCCUUGCAGAUGGAGCUGACCCAUCAAGGUCAGGCAAGUACAAUAUAGAUGAGAUUUUCGAUCAUCUGCCGAUUGAUGUGGCAGGACCUGCCCAAGCUUUACGGAUUACCAUCCUGAAAGAAGAAAAAGUAAAUGUUGUUAAGAUCAGUGACUGGAUGCCUGAAAAUGAGCCUCCUGUAAUCAUUAGCCAAACGAUUCCAUCCACGUUAUCAGAGCUCUCCAGAAGUGAGUCUCAUCAACAGCAACCACAGUCCACCUCAGAAUGUGAGUUUCAUUUUAUUGUCGAGUUUGCUGAGCUUGGAGUGUCUAUUAUUGACCAUACACCAGAGGAGAUAUUAUACUUGUCAUUGCAAAAUGUUCAUUUGGCAUAUUCAAGUGGCUUGGGCUCUGGGCUUAGCAGGUUCAAAUUAAGAAUGAGAGGAAUUCAAAUGGAUAACCAGUUGCCAUUAACCCCAACACCAGUUUUAUUCAGGCCACAGAAAAUUGGGCAGGAAACUGAUUAUAUUUUGAAAAUUUCUGUGACUCUACAGACAAAGGGAUCACUGGAUCUAUCUGUCUAUCCAUAUAUAGGUUUCCAUGGGCCCGAUAAUUCUGCAUUUCUAAUAAACAUUCAUGAACCUAUUAUAUGGCGCAUUCAUGAGAUGAUGCAGCAGGUCAAUCUCAGUAGGUUAUCUGAUAGUAACACAACAGCUGUGUCAUUUGAUCCUAUCAUUCAUAUUGGGAUUCUCAACAUCUCAGAAGUUCGACUGAAAGUAUCAAUGGCUAUGUCGCCUAGCCAACGCCCUAGGGGAGUCCUUGGAUUUUGGUCAUCCUUAAUGACUGCAUUAGGGAACACAGAGAAUAUGACUGUCAAGCUAAAUCAAAGAUUUCAUGAGAAUUUGUGCAUGAGGCAGAGUAUGAUGAUUAAUAAUGCUAUUUCAAACAUCAAAAAUGAUCUUCUUGGUCAACCACUUCGGUUGCUCUCUGGUCUUGAUAUAUUGAGCAACGCAAGUAGUGCUCUUGGACAUAUGAGUAAAGGAGUGGCUGCUUUAUCAAUGGAUAAGAAAUUCAUUCAAAGCCGACAGAGACAGGGGAGCAAGAGUGUAGAGGACUUAGGUGAUGUUAUUAGAGAAGGGGGUGGAGCACUAGCAAAAGGCUUGUUCAGAGGAGUUACAGGCAUAUUAACAAAGCCUCUUGAAGGCGCAAAAAGCUCUGGUGUCGAGGGCUUUGUUCAGGGUGUUGGAAAAGGCAUAAUAGGAGCAGCCGCACAGCCUGUGAGUGGGGUUCUGGAUCUUUUGUCAAAAACUACUGAAGGAGCAAAUGCUAUGAGAUUGAAGAUAGCAUCAGCUAUAGCUUCAGAUGAACAGAUCCUCCGGAGGAGGCUGCCUCGUGCAGUUACUGGUGAUAGUUUGCUUCGGCCGUAUGAUGAGUACAAAGCACGAGGACAGGUCAUAUUGCAAUUGGCGCAGUCAGGUUCUUUCUUUGUUGAUAUAUUCAAAGUACGUGGAAAGUUUGCACUAUCAGAUGCAUAUGAAGAUCAUUUCAUGCUACCAAAGGGAAAAAUUAUCAUGGUUACCCAUCGGAGAAUAAUAUUAUUGCAACAAACUUCUCUUAUAACUCAGAGGAAAUUCAAUCCUAUGAGGGAUCCAUGUUCAGUAUUGUGGGAUGUUCCGUGGGAUGAUCUGAAAACAAUGGAGUUGACUCGGGGAAAGAAAGACCUACAUAAAGCUCCACCUUCGCGGCUAGUACUCCAUCUAACGGCUAAACCAACAGAAACAAAAGAGCAAGUUCGUGUCAUAAAAUGCAACCGAGGUACUCAUCAGACCCUUGAAGUUUACUCUUCAGUUGAACGAGCAAUGAUCACAUAUGGAAGAAACCUUUCAAAGGAGCUACUGAAGAAGGCUACUAAACCAUAUUCUCCAGUUACUGAUGGCACUGCCACUGAAAUGAUCCCUAAAGAAGUGGCUAGCAGCUGGUGUCCUCAAUAGGUGGUGCGUAUGCGAUCAACUUUUGGCAACAGCAACAACUAACUUGGGAAUCAAUGCCAACAGACUUUUUGCCGAUAAAAAAGGUUUAAGCUAAGGGACGAAGUUGAAGCAUCCAUUUUCGAGCAUUGAAUGAGCUUUCAGACGAAUGCGCCUUCAUCUUCCACCAAGGAUUCACUUAUUUUGCAGUUUUGAAGGAAUUAAUGAAAUGGUUAGUUUGCAGUGCCCCAUAGAAACAUGGAUAUGCAUCUUCCUUCCACCAAGUUAUCUUCUAUGCCAAUCCAAAGUUUAAACAACACUAACAAAUGGCUCGGCGGGAACACUAGAUGUUUGAAUAUAAAUAGAUAUUUCUUCAUAGAAAUCUUAAUGUUAGUGAAUCUCUCAUAUAAUCAAUCUCAUGAACCACUUGAAAUGUAUAGGUUUUUUCUUUUCUUUCUUUUUUUUUUUUAUUACAAUUUUUGUACAUCUCUAUGGUAUCACCUGUCAAUGCACCAUUUACAAUUGUGGCUCA